UAGUAUUGUUAUGCUUGUAAGUGUUAAUACAGAGUAGUUUAAUGUGUCAACACAAUUGAAACAAGACAUGGGCUGAUGGGACCAUUCAAUUACUCUUCUACACAUGUAUGUGAAGUUGGGAUUGUGUGGACACCAUUUCUGUUUGGUGUUCAAUUUAAUUUUAAGCCACAAAUUCAUUGAUUAUCUUUGUUGGUUACAAAAGUGUAUACUUGUAGUAGAGAAAAGCAGCAACAAUGGCUGCUCACUCCACAAUGACAAUGUUGCCAACACGAAUUCAAACACUCAAUCAAAACCUCUGCUUCACCACAACAACAACAACUACAACUACUACUCGUCAGUUGGUUCCACCACUUGCAGAUUCUACUUGCUUAUUAUCUUUCACCUGUAAUCAUCAUCAUCAACUUAGCAGGAGGAACAGGACUAAUAAAUAUUCAAAUGCUCCCAAUAGUACCAGUACCCCUACACCUAUGAUAUCCACCAACGAUGAAGUCGAAGUUGAGGUCGAGGAGGAGUUUGAUUGGUAUGCACAGUGGUAUCCUGUCAUGCCCGUAUCUGACUUAGAUAAAAGGAAGCCCCAUGCUAAAAGGGUCAUUGGUCUUGAUAUUGUUGUUUGGUGGGAUAAAACUCAAUCUCAAUGGAAGGUUUUUAAUGAUUUAUGUCCUCAUCGUUUGGCUCCUUUAUCUGAGGGUCGUAUUGAUCAAUGGGGAAGGCUUCAGUGUGUAUACCAUGGUUGGUGUUUUGAUGCUUCUGGUCAAUGUAAACUCAUUCCCCAAGCUCCCACUGAUGGCCCUCCGGUGCACACAUCAAAGAAAGCUUGUGUUGCUGUAUAUCCAACCACAGUUCAGAAUAACAUGGUUUGGUUUUGGCCAAAUUCUGAUCCCCAAUUCAAGGAUAUUCUUCUCAAGAAAAAGCCUCCCUUUUUGCCUGAACUUGAUGAUCCUUCUUACUCCAAUUUAUUAGCCAACAGAGAGAUUAAUUAUGGGUAUGAGAUUCUAUCUGAAAAUCUUAUGGACCCGUCUCAUUUACCGUACGCGCACUAUGGUAUACUGAAAACACCCACUCCCAAAGUAAAGGCUGAUAGAGAAGGCGGAAGCCCUCUUAACUUGAGUGUAAAGGACAUGGACAUGAAUGGAUUCACGACAAAACAAGACGGGGGUUCUGGCAAGUUCUUUGCGCCUUGUAUAUACUAUGUGUAUCCAGAUCCACCUACUGACAAUGCCAAUGGAUCAGUCUCAUCAGCAGUGAAUAAUAAGCAGGUGUCCUCAGCGGUGGUGUCAGCCCAGAAAAGGGUUGUUCUCAUAUUCAUCUGUAUUCCCGUCAGUCCAGGCAAAAGCCGUUUGAUAUGGUCAUUUCCUAGAAAUUUUGCUGUUUGGAUGGACCAAAUCAUCCCAAGAUGGGUGUUUCAUCUCAAUCAAAACUUGGUUCUUGAUUCUGAUCUUUAUCUUCUUCACGUUCAGGAACGAAAAAUAAUGGAGUUUGGUCCAACCAACUGGCAUAAAACCUGUUUUGUACCAACUAAGUCAGAUGCUCUUGUUGUUGGGUAUAGAAGGUGGUUGAAAAAAUAUUCAAAAGGCCAAGUGAACUGGGGUUCCAAGUUCAAUGGAGGAGCUCUUCCCCCAACUCCUCCACGCGAAGAGCUACUGGACAGGUACUGGACUCAUGUAGUGAAUUGUUCCAGCUGUAAUGCUGCUUAUAAAGGAUUAAACAUAGCUGAGACAGCGCUUCAGGUGAUAUCUUUUUGUGUGAUCGGGGUGGUAGGACUAACUAAACAAGGAAUGAUGACCAAAAUUCAACGGACUGCUGCAUUCACGGUGGCUAUCCUAUGCUUUGUAGCCUCAAAAUGGUUGUCUCACUUCAUUUACAAAAAUUUCCACUUUCACGACUAUGACCAUACUCUUAGAUGAGAGCAUUCAAUGUAUAUUACACUAUAAGAUGGACAAAAAUAACAACGAAAGUGCUUGCUUUAUGUAACAGAAUUUCAAACCACCACCACCACCACAAGUAGUACUGCAAGUUUUAUAUUGAGAGUGUGCAUUUCACAAACAUAUAAUUUUAUUUGUAUUUUUAGCUACCAUUUUGUAUAUUGGAAAGGAAACACGCGAA